AUGGAGAAAACCGUGCUGUCGUUGCGGCUCUGCCCGGCCGAAGUGUGCUUUGCUGACGUGCAGGUGGGGAUGAUCUAUAGCACCGAAAUCAAGGUGCAGAACAUCGGCCGCAGCAACAUGAAGAUCCGCUUUCUGGGGCCCGAGGACCCGCAGUUCAAGUUGGACAGGAACACUAACCAAAUAGCAAUUGCUACUGGACUUCAUGUGACAGCCACUGUGACUUAUCAGCCUGUUAAAGAAGAAGACAGUUUUGACAAAAUACAUAUUUUAGUAGGAAGAAGAAAAAUAGCAAUUCCACUGAUUGGGUUGAUUCCAUGCUGUCAUUUGGAAAUUGAGUCAAAAGUUAAUUUUGGCACAAUCAUAGCUAAUAGUAAAGCAAUUUGUAAGUCGAUUAGCGUUAUCAACCAAGGAACAAUUCCAGGUUCAUUUGACAUAGAUUAUAAAGGGAACUUACCCAUCACUAUAAUACCAACUAGUGGAAUUGUGGACCCCAAAUCAUCAAAGAAUAUUAAAGUUUAUAUAUGCACAGAUAAGCCCAGAAUUGUUAAUGAAUUGGCAAAAGUGAGUUUGCAGGGUGGUGAAGACACAUUUUUACAGAUUGAAGCCUAUGUGGUUCAGCAAAUUAUUGAACUGUUAGAUAUGUGUGAGGAAAAAAGUUUGAAGUGUAUACAAUUUGGAACUGUCUUCUUUGGAACAUCAAAGAUUGAGCAUGCAAUUCUGUAUAAUAAUAGUCCUGAAAACAUGAGUUGGGUAGCAGUGAUGGAGCAUGAAGCAGUUGGAGGAGAAUUGGGUACAAAUCUUCAGCAAAGAAUAGAUGGUACUUUACAUGAUUUAAGCUACAUAAACAAAAUGAGGAACAUAGAUGUUACCACUUUUAUUGCCUGUAUUCCCAAUGAAGGAACUUUAUUACCUUAUCAAAAAACAGUAAUUACAUUUUGCUUUAGUCCAAAACUGUAUGAUAAUGGUCGGAAGCAUGCUGACUUGUCCCACAGACAAGAUUAUGCUCUGUUUUUGAGAUUUGAGGCAAUAGAGAGUAAAGAUACUUUUUUGAAAGCUGAAGAAGAAAAAGCUACUGAAAGUCAUCAUUUUCACAAAGUGGAGUUAGCACUGACAGGCUCAGGACUCCCUGUCUUAUUAAGUUUUGUGCCAGGAAAAGUCCUGAAUUUCACACCUUGUUUUAUGGGUCAACGCUCAGAGAUUUUGUGCAGUAUACAAAAUCAUUGCAAGACACUUCCUGUAGCAUUCAGCUUCCACAAAGUAGCUCAUUUUAAAAUUAAUCCAGAGAAGGGCAAGAUAGAUGAAGAAAGUAUUCAGAAUGUGCUCUUUUCAUUUGUGCCACAUCAACUAGGCAUAUUUAAAGUAAAGCAAUUAAUGGACAUACUUGGUUUUGUAGCAGAAGAUAAUUUACAGUCAGUGAAAGUGAAACCUUUUCACCAAAUACAGUUAAGUUUUACUAGUAUCUGCAAACCUACAACCAAGAGAAUUGAGAUGAAAAUCAUUCCUGGUCUAACACCUCUGAUUACUAAUUCCACUGGACAGUAUGUUGUUGAUGAAACAGGAGAGUAUAAAAACUUUGCACCAGUAGCAAUGCUGAAAUCAAACUUAACAUCUAUCCAUAAUCACCGAUUAAGUGGACCCUUGGGGAAUGAUGUACUGGUUGCCUUUCCUAAUGACCGCUGUGCUAGCCUCAGGUCUGGAGAUCCACGUGUGGAAAUCAGGACCAUUUUCACAAAAAUUGAGAGAUACAAUUAUGUGGACACAGAAUUUGCAUAUACUAAAGAGGAAGAAAUACAAGCACAAGAAAAUAAAGACUAUUAUAUGAACUUCACCCUGAAAUUGGCGAAGCGUAGAAUGCUGAGGAAGUCAGAAAGGGCAUUUAAGCUCUCAGACAAUGAGAUAGAUAUUGGCAUGAAACCAGGAGGAGGACUGAUUUCACCUCGCCUCUCAGUUACACAAAUAUUUGAAGAGAUGACUAAAUCUGUAAAAUUGCCUUCAAAGGAAAGUUCUCUACUAAGUACUCGAAAUUUGGCAGCAAAAGAAGCAGAAUCCCUGCAAGGAAAUGUUAUUAAUGUAGUUAAUCACAACCUAUCCACUCCACAAGCAAAAGAAGAUUGUAAUUUAAUUUUGACACCAAAGCAACUUCAUCAAGUAGUAAUUGGUCCAUCUGUCCUCGAUUUUGGUGAUAUUUGUGUGAAUUACAUAUGUACUAAACAAAUGCAUGUUAUCAAUAAUCUGCCUCUGCAUAUUUUGGUGCAGUUAGAAAUUGAUCACGAAGAGCUAAAGAAUACGAAUCCAUUGUCUUACGUGGUUCCACCUGCAUCAAAUACAUGCAUUCCAAUAGCGUUUGAGAAGACCACUCUGGGGACGUUUUGGAAGUCUUUCAGUUUCACAAUAAACAACAUUCCUAGUGGAAAUAUCCUAGUGAAGGCAGUAGUGAUGCCUGUGGCUCUUGAGUUAUCAACUAAAGAACUGGUUCUAAGAUCUACUCGAGGUUUCCUGGUGAAAACAGCCUAUAGGGGGACAGUCAGAUUGUAUAAUCACCGAAAUGCUGCAGCUAGAUUUAAAUGGCAACCACUGGUCCUAGAUAAUGGGAUUGCAUUUUCUAUACGUCCAGCUAAAGGUACUGUAGAAGGAUACUCAGCACUGGAUUGUGAAGUGAGCUGGCAACCAAGUUAUAGCUCUCCAGAAAGAGGCCAAUUCGACCUUCAAGUGUAUGAUGGAAACACAGUGCGGUUAGACUGUGCAGUGAAGAUUGGCCCUGCCAAAGUUGUGCUAUUGGCUCAUCAUGUACUCUUUGAGAAUUGCCCUCAAGGUUUAACAACAUCGAAGAAGACAGUUCUUCAAAACGUUGGUUUACAUCAUGCUUACUUCAAGGUUUGUGACAAAGAGCUUCUGCCUUUCAUUAAGAUCACUCCAUCUCAUGGCAUAAUACCUGUAGGGGGUUCAACUCCACUCUUUAUCGCCUGUACACCAUAUUUUUCAGAGAGAUUUGAUACCAAAGCAAAGGUAAUAAUACGCCAUGGAAGUGAAUUAGACCUUAGAAUUGGUGGCUCCAUAGAUAUUGCAGAUGUAGUUAUCAGCCUGAGCUUAAUAAACUUCCAAGGUGUUUAUGUUGGCUCUACAAAGGUUAUUCCAUUUUUACUAAAUAACAAAGGUACAACAUGUGCCCGAGUGGAAUUUGAUUUAUCAAACUAUAAAGAUUUUACAUUGGAAUUUAAAGACUAUGAAGUCUUCAAAGACCCUGCACUUCCUUAUUCAUAUGCUGUGGAAUUAGAAGAAAAGACAUCGUUGGAAUGUGGACUAGCAUUUUGUCCCAAAGAAGUGGCAGCAUAUGACUUCAGUCUUCCAAUUAGUGUUAAUUUCACUGAGUCGUCAACACUCUCCUACCUUUGUUCUACAUCACAUUCUUUUGACACUCAAUUGUCGCCUUCUUUAGUCCCGCUAAUAGCUCCACUGGUACCACCAUGUAGUGUCAAAGCGAUUGUAUUACAGCCACCACUGAAAUUAUCCAAUACAGAAUUUUCCUUUGACGUUUCUUUAAAUAAUGUACCAUUGGAUUUUUGUGAUGGAAACCAGAAUAAUCAGCACCGUUUUAUUCCCCCCUCCCACCAUCCCUGGACCCCAACAGCUUCUGAGAAGAUUCUUGACCUGACUAACACAUCAAAACAUCAGGUAUCAUGGAUUUUGGACAUUAAUUAUGUGGGCAAAAGAAUAAAAGAUGGCACUUUUUCAUUCAGUGCAUUUUCUGGUUCUCUUGUGCCGGGUGAAACAAACAGCAUUUUUGUAAAUUUCUGUUCAAUGUGUCCUGGAACAUAUACUGCUGAAGUUCCUCUUCAUCUGAAGGACGAUCCUGUUUGCUAUCGAUUGUUAACACUAACAGGAACUGUGAGAACACCCAAGUUAACCUUUGAUCCUCCAUUUGUGUUUUUGACUCCUGUUCCUUUGGGCGUGAAAACUGGGAUAGAUAUCAACAUUAUUCCCCAAAACUACUUCAGGAAAUCAGCAGUGUAUGCCCGAGUUCCAACAAUUAAGCUCUAUGACGGUGUUAUGAUAGAUGUCCUUUCUGUGGAUUUUCCAAAUGGCAAAGAUAUUGAAGUCUCACCAGAUGGAAUAAACACAGGACUAAUUUCUCACAUCAGUUUUAAAUCAAUGAAGCCAGUGUCUUUUUCAGCUGAGGUGCUAUUUUUGGAUGAAGAAAAUAACUGGUUUGCGAUACAGAUUACUGCAGUAGCAGAAAACUGUGUCCUUACUAUUUAUCCAUACUUGGCAUAUCAUAUUGAUGAUCAAAAAAUUAUGUUGAAGCAAGGUAUUGAUAUGGUAUGUGAAAAUUCACCAUUGCAAGGAAGUGAAAAACCUAAGACAGAAGAAAAUGAAUACGUGGGUGUGAAACAGGGUCAAUAUUUUUUUCCUGAUGAAGACAAAAAGGAAUAUCCAUUUUUUGAGAAAGUUGUAACUGCAGUUCAGACAUGGUUUAGUCUCUUUGGUUGGUCUCAAGGACUCAAUCCUAUUUCUGUUCCAGAGAGUAUAAGAAGGGAUGUGUGUAAAGGAGCAUUAUCAGCUCCAACAAACAAACAAAUCAAUUCAAACAAUGACUUUGCCAGAUAUAAUAAAACCAUAUAUGACAUGUUAUUUUACUUGAGUGGACAGAUGCUACCUGGAGUUGCAACAACUCAGACAUUACCUAUUGAUGAUACUGAGAGAGUGAUCCACCUCCAUUGGCUACAUUCUACACUUCUCACCUUCCUCAAAGCUCAAGGAGCAUGCCUUCCCUAUAUACUUCCUGAAUUUCUACUUGAACCAGAAGAUUACAAGAAAUGGAUUAAAAUGAAAGCUGCCACUAAAGAGGAAUUUGAGAAUACCCAAAUGCCUGAGAAGUAUACUUUGAUCAUUGAGGACUCUAAGUUUGAAGCUAUGAGUAAACGUGUCUGGACUGAUGUGUUACUUCAGACAUACAAGGUGCUUGUUCUUUCUCGGGUAGUACCAUUCAGUAGCAGUGUUGUGCCUACCAUAAACGUGGAAAAUACUCCAAGGAUCAACCCACACUUUUUGUCUAGUAAUGUAUACUCUAAGCCUGAAAGGACCCUGCUCAGUUGGAUGAAUACAAAUUAUGAGAAUACCAGAAGCAAGAUAUGGAAAGACUGUGAUAAAGGUCUUCCUCCCCUUGAGAAAUGGAUAGUAAAUUUUGAUAAAGAUCUUUUUGAUGGCCUCGUUUUAGCAGCACAGGUGGCAGCUUACUGUCCAUUUUUGAUACCGACACAUUUUGUAGACAUGUAUACCUCUCCACACAGUCCUGAACAGCGCUUGCACAAUUGUUUAAUUGUGGUGAAUGCUCUACGUGAAGUUGAUUUAAAUAUAGAUAUACAGGCCAUUGACAUUUGUGAUCCAAAUCCAGUCUGGAUGCUCAUGUUUUGUGUCUAUCUGUAUGAAAACCUGCCAUCUUACCUACCUACAAAGAUUGUUCAGUUUCCCUGUUCUCUGCAUACCACAGUUGUCAGACAGAUUCUUCUGAAUAAUCCAAGCUCUAAAAAUUUAGUAUAUAAUACUAGAAUUAUAGGCUGGGAUGCGGCAGAUUUUUCAUUGCCUGAAAAAUAUAAGAGUGUUAUAACCAUUGCUUCAAGAGAUCAAGUUUAUAUUAAUGUGGCAUUUACUAGUCGCUUUAUACAUCCUGCUGAAGCUAUACUGAUGUUAAUUUCUAAAACUAAGAGUGGCAAGAGAGGUACUACAAUGACUUUUGCUCUUAAGGCUGAAGUCACUAAUUUUAAAGCCAUGGAAAUUGUAAACUGCAAAACCCCAUGUUAUGAAUGGAAAGAAAUUAUUGUGGAUGUUAAAAAUCCUUUUCACACUGAUGGAGAAUUCAGUGUUAAUUUGGUGGAGUCCUCAACUUUUGUACAUCAGACAGCACAACUAAAUGAAAUAAGUCAAUCGAUGAAAGAUGAAAACUCUCGAAUGGACUCAAUGACCAAUGAAAUUGAAAACUAUGAAUUUCCCAGCCAAGGAAACCUCUUAAAUACGUCAAUUAAAUGCAGUUUCAUGAAAGAGUUCUUCUGUCAGGUGAAGUCUAUGUAUCUGGAAGCUAAAGGGACUUCAAGUCUGAAUCUUCAUUUCCUUCCAUUUGACCUCAAUAAGCGGUAUUGUGUUAUCAUAUUCAGCAAUAAUAAGAUUGGAGAAUUUGUAUACAUUGUGGAAGGGACGAGUACUGUUCCUUUGCCUUCCAAAUUCCUCCCAAUAGAUAAUCCAAAUAUUUUGAAUUACAACCACCCUCCUGAUGAAGAUUUAGGCAAGGAUGAUCCAAUUCUGCAUUUGAAAUGUGAUCUCAAUAAUAUCCUAGAAUUGGAACUCAAGGUGCCACUGGUUAAUGAGGCCAGGGCAAAGGCCCUAGAUUUUUCAGCGCAUCAGCAGAUGUCAUCUCUUGAGUAUGAACGAAGGAAAAUCACAGGAACUCUCAACAGUAGUAGUGUACGAGCUGCAAUUGCUCUCUUAGGACUGACAAAACUUGAGACCCGUACACUUUUUAACAAUGCAAAAUCUACAUCCAUUUUAUACACCACGGAAUUAAGCCUUCCAGAACACUUUGAUAUCCCCAAGAAAAUCUACAUUCCUUCUGCUCCACAAAGCAGACUUACAGCAAUGCAUCUGGAAGAUGUUCAGACACUACAACAAGCAGAUUGUGCUUUGCUUCCUUUAAGAUUUGUUCCUCUCACUGCUGGACGAUAUCCUUGUUUUAUUUUGCUGAGGUCAUCGCAUGAUAUUCGGCUCUUUUCCAUUGAGUGUGUAGUGAAUUCUGACUGUCCUGAGGCCAAAUUUCAGUUUGAAACUCCAGCAUUUGAACCACUGACUCAGGAAAUUCCAAUAAGUAAUCAAACAGUGACUGAAUGGAAAUGCGUAGUGACUAUAGAAGGAGAUUGGUUUUAUGGACCUUCUGUUUUAUAUGUGAAAUCAGGAGAAACUGCUCAAUAUCCACUUACAUUCAAACCUAUUCUGGAAUGUGAGGUUACGGGCACACUUAAACUACGGAAUGAAACAGAUGGCAUUGAGCAAGUCUUUGAGCUAAGAGGGAUUGGAAAAAAACCUCUGCCCCUGGAUCACGCUGUGAUAGACUGUCGAGUGGGAAAAAUGACCAAGAGGCCCAUAAUUGUGCCCAAUUAUACAAAGGACAUGCUGACCUAUAGGGUAACUUCAGAUCUUCCAAUGGUGUGGGGAUGUCCAAGGAUUACAAUAGAGCCCGAUAAUAUGAUUUCUUAUGCUCUACAUAUAUGCCCAUGGAAACGAGGCACAUUUAAAGGUGCAAUUUCAUUUGUUGCUGAAGACACAGAACAGAAUGAUUCACAAGACACAAAUAAUGAACAAUCCCUUCAGAAAUGGUUAUUAGAAACAUCAGAAAGUCUGGAUAACAGAGGAAGUGUUUCACAUAUAAAAGUCUGGUUUUUCCUAGAAAUUAAUAGCUUCCCUGCACCACCUGUAGAUACUAUUGAAGUGACUUGUGCCAUCUUGGACACUAUUGGAAUUGAAAUAUCUAUUACUAAUCCUAAACAAAGACACCUCCAUUUAGAUGUGAUAUUAACAGACAUUUCCCUUAGUGGAGAGUCCACAGUUAUUCUGGAACCAAAUGAAACAAUAACCUAUGUAGUCAGAUAUUCUCCGAUGAUCAUAGGCUAUGCAAACGAAAGUGUUGUUUUCCAGCCUCGUAUAGGUAUAGAGUUCUGGUAUUUACUGAAAUUAACUGCUGAAAAGCCAAGACCAACUACAAUGCCAGAAAUACAGUGUGACCUUGGAAAGAAAGUCCGUCAGAUUAUCCCUUUAGUUAAUUCUACACGUGAAACCCUGGAAUUGACAAUUACCAACAAUAAUCCUGCUAAUUUUUUAUUGGAUCCAAACAAAAAGACAUUACUGAUCGUAGCUCCUUAUUCCACUAUGGAAGUACCUGUUCAUUUUUAUCCUUCCGCCCUUGGAAGACAGAAACAUCAAGCUUCAAUCAUCUUCCACUGUAGACAGCUUGAAGAAUGGGUAUUUUAUCUGUCUGGAAUAGGCCUCAUUCCUCUACCCUUGGAACCGGUGACCAUAUGUACGUGUAUUGGUCGGCAUUUGUCUGUCAUUAUACCUUUCAGGAACCCUACCACUGAACAUGUUCUUGUUGAUGUCCUAUUGAAAGAUAAAUUCAGCAACCGUAAGCUUCCUGGCACUUCUGUGGAUAUCACUAUGACUAAGAACACUGGUUUCAGUUUUACUCUUAAGCAAACACAAGGAAUACCAUUACCUCCGAAAGCAAAGUUGGAUAUCCCUGUGUUAUUUGUUCCUCAUAUUAUGAAAUUAUAUGAAGCAAUGGUGAUUGUCGAGGUGGUGAGGGGAAACGGUGAAUAUUGGACUUACGAUAAGGCAGAUGACUUGGGCCCAGGUUUGGAAAGCACAACAAGAACAGAAAAUGGGGACAUCUGCAACAUACGUUGGAAUUACCCCAUACUGGGCAUCCCAGAAGCACCGCCUCCUAAAACACACCAUGCUAGUAUAAUCAGUCGAGCCCGGCAUCGAGUGGAAGAGACAGUACAAGUGCUUCUAACUGGUGUAGUUUUUGAAUCAUCAGAACAACGAGAAUUAGUGGUGAUUCCCAAAAAACCACCUGUGGAAGAUGAUCAGAAGCAAGAACCAGUAAAUGAUGAUUUGCCUGGAGUACAUGAAUUUCAGUAUGAAAUUCAGUUUGAAUCUGAUCUCAUGAAAUCUAACUUGGAAUCUUGUGUUGCAUUAUAUCUGACCAGUAAAGAACGAAAUAUAGAAAAUGGAGUUAUAUCCCUAGUCUUCAAUAUGGUCUUUGCACCAAAGAAACCAAUGCGAUCUGUAAUCACAUUGGCAGUGCAAUGCAGCACAGAUGGGAUAUGGAAGUUUCCAAUAACUCUGAUUGCUUCUGAGCCAGAAUUUGAUGAUGUUAUCAAUAUUGAAGGGAUUGGCUUGUUCAAGGAAUCUACUGUUGCCUUUAGGCUGACAAGUCAGACACGGUACCCAGAGUCAUUCACUGCAUACUUCCUACCAGGCAGUGAUCGGGAGUUUUUUGUAAAACCUCAGAUGGGAGAACUUCUUCCACUUCACACUGCUGGAACACUUAUCAGUGUUGGAUUCACACCACAAAUGUACAGCAGGAAGCAUCAGGCAACAUUAGUAAUACAGACAGAAAAUAUCUAUUGGAUGUAUCAGAUCAAUGGGCUGCCACCAAACACAGUACCACCGACAAAUGUAACAGCUAGAAUUGAUUGCAUUAAUAAGAACCUGAGAACCAUCCCCGUUCACCAGCGUAACUUCCUCCAGGAAAACACUAAACUAAUCACCACAGGGGUGUCCUCAACCAUCAAAGGUGCUCCUUUGGUAUUAAGAAAAAAUAAAUAA